AUGUUAGAGCCUUAUAGAAAAAUUAUUCAAAGAUCAAACGAAAAUACUCAAGUUUUAGAAAAAGAAAAGAAAGAUUUAUCCACACAGUUAAACACUUCUCAACAAAAAUAUGAAAGCCUAAAAAAAUUCUUAAAAAGAAUCUUAGUUUCGCUUUCCGAAGAUAAUCAGAAGGAAUUAGUAAACGAGUUAAAUAAUGAGAUAGAAACUAGGGAAAAAAGUACUCCUUCUGUUUAUAGCACUGAAAUAAAAACAACAGAAUUAACUUCUAGUUUAGAGAUAUCUAUAAAAGAAAUGAAAGAAUUAAAAAAAGAAUUAGAAACUAAUCUAGUUAAAUCAGAAGCCAAAAUCCAAGAAUUAGAAAAGGGAUUAAUUGAAGUAAGCAGUAAACAGUUGGAGAAAAUGAAAAGUGAAUUCGUGGAAAAGAGAACAGGUUACAAUCUUAUUAAUAAAAAAGAAAACUUAGAAAAAAUACGAAGAAAAUUAGAAAUAUAUUUAGAUGCCCAUGAGAAAAUAAUUAGGGAUGAAACUGAUUCUUUUGCUGUGAAUACAAAAAAAGAUGCUGAGGAAUACUUAGGAAAAAAUAAGUCUGAGUUUAUUGAAUUAUUGAAUGAACUUUGCGAAAAACAAAAAGAGAUUACCUUGCUUAAAAUUCAAGAGCAAUUUGUUGAAGAACAGGAAGAAAUUCGAUCAGGGGUAAAAGGAGUACAAAUUGUUAAUAAAGAAAAAAGAAGCGAAAUGGAAAACACAAAAACUCUAGAAUAUAGAGACAAGUCAAGCAAACUAAAAGUCGGAGUACAAAUUGAUCCCUCGACAAAGAAUUUUAAUUUUGGAAUAACUAGAGAAAAAACAGAUGUUGUUCUAAAUACUUAUGAAGCACAACACCAAAAGAACGAGUUAACAGAGUUAGUAGUACAAAGUGUAGUCGGCUCUCAAUUUAAACAAAUUGGUCAGUCAUCUUCUCAAAUUAAAGAAACAGAUGAACAAAAUCAACAAACCCAGACUCAAAUAGAACAACCACCUAAAUAA